UUUCCAAUUAGACCACUACCCUUUCGCUUUUAUUACCCUCUCAACACUCGAUAAGAAGCAUACCCAUAUAUCUCUCUCAUCCCUAGUCCCCCAACAUAAAUUCCCAAACCAAACUGAUCUCCCAGACAUUAAUUUCUAUUCACACCCAAAAUGCAGUCCAUGUUGAACCUUCAUGGCACCUUUGGCCUUCCUCUAUGCGUUUCAGGGAUAACUCAUCAUCCUCCUCAUCUCACCCACGAGAUGGCGGAUCAUGAUCGGAGAAGAGAGGCCAUGAAAAAGCAGAGAUCGAGAGCUAGAGAGGAGCUCAAUGCGAAUCAGGAACUGGGUAUUGACAGGAUCAGAGGAAGAGUGGCGGAAGAGAUCAUGGAUGGUGAUCUAGCUGCUCUACUGCAUGAUCUGUCCCUUUGUUAUUUGGCUAAUUGUAUUGCCAAAGCUGCUUAGCUAGCUAAAAGCUUAGUGUUUAGGACCUUAAAUCUCGAUCUAGUUAGCAUUUGUGUGUUCGGACCUGCUUUAAUUCAAUUUUCUAUGUGGGUUUUGUUGAAAUUAAAUUUGGUAAAUUAUGUUUUAUAUGGAUUUUGUGGUGGUUUUGAUGUUAUUCCUCGUGUUUGUUGGUUUU